AUGAGUUACAUUCCGUUCGGUCUCCAAAGGGACCAAGGAAACAUGACUGUCCUUCUCCACAACGACGAGCCGCUUCCUCCCCUUCCGUACGAGUUGCAGAACGUAUAUUCUGCCGAGAUAUGGGUCAGUCGUAUACAAACGGCGACUCAGGCUUGUCGGAAGUGGGCUCGUCCGACGCUUGAGAGAAUCUAUUUCUUCUCCGCCUUCUUGAUUCAAUUUGUCUUGCCAUCAGUGAUCAGCAAUCUUAUCUUGUUCCAUGCGUUUAAAGGCCAAGAUGACCGGAUCCCUCGUGAACGCUUCUUCGCGUUCCGUGCUGCUGGCUUUGGCAUUUUCAUUGGCAUCUUCUUCCUCUUUUGGGCACCCCUUAUCGCAUGGAAGAUUAUCGGCAAGCGAGCUAUCAGAAAGCUGGAGAAUGAGUGGCUUGUCCUUGACAAAGCGACCUUAGGGAACGGAUUCAUUCCUCGUUGGACAAUCACAAAGCCCGGUAUUUUCUCCUCUCGGGCAGCUGUUCGUGUGACCUUGCCUCCUGCACCAGCGUACUUGACCGCCUUUCAUCCAAACGCGCCCUUGCCCCCUUAUGUCAACGCGGCCCCUAUGGACGGAGCUCAGUACGGUUACACCUACCCACCAGACGAAAAGGCUGCAAGGGUCUGA